AGCUUAGGCCUCCGAGGGAAGCGGUCCAGUGAACGUCAUUACGGAGCACAUCCCUACUUUGGGCCGGGUCACCACCGAGCCACUUCCGGUUCCGAGAGCUCGUUUAUUCGGUGACUAGGGGAAACGGUAGCCACGGCAACGCGUUCUUGCCCCCUUCCCAGUGUGCCUGUCGGGUCACAUUGCAAAUGAUUCUAUCGCGACUUUUCGACAAUCGGCUAUGUGGCAAGACCAGCUGAGAAAAAGGGAAAAAUUCCCCUCAGCGUACAGAACGGCUCUAACUUCAGCUCAAUUGUUAGCUAACUCUGAUCUCACCUUUGGUUGGCACCUCUCAACUGCAAACAUCUACGAGCAAGAAGCCCCAUUGGAGAAAGAUUCCCAAAUGUUGACUGGGAACGUUAUUAGGAGGAAGUGUAGGAAGUUGCAGGGGUCAGUGGUGGCCCCAAGAUGAAAACUGUUGUGUUUUCAGCAUCAUGCCAGCUCCUGACCUGCAAAGCGCAAUGAACCGCAAGUCCAACACAAACACAGACAAACGCACCCAGUUCCUUUCAGAGUCCAGGAAGCCCAUUCGGCCUUAUGUCUGCUCGACUCUGCAUGAUUUCCAGGAAGAGAGAGACUUUUUGGCUACCAAUAUCUUCCCUCAGCUCAAUGAUGUUUGCAGUUCCCGGGGCACGUAUUUCAGAGCUGUGGACCUGAAGUGGGCAGGGUGGCAGGGCCUGGCUCCCUCUCCCUCAAGCCGCCUUCCACAGCAUGCUUGUCUCCAAUCCCAGCACCUGAAGCUCUGUCUCGAUCACGUCAACAGCUGCUUUCCCUUUUUCAUCUGCCUGUUGGGGCAGACCUAUGGGGACUUCCUGCCUGCCUGUUCACCUUUCAUGUUCUCAAGAACAGCCGACCCAUCGGAUUUACUCACAGUGCAACAAAAUCUCUAUGUGGCUGCCCAGAAUGGUUACCCCUGGGUCCUGGAGAACCCCAACUGUAGCCUGACAGAAUAUGAAAUCACCCAAGCUGCCUUCCUUCGAAAAUCUCCAUUUCUAUAUUUUUACUUCCGGACUGGGACCACACUGCUGAAGGCUUUAAAUGAGGCCAGAGAGGGGCAACUGUCCUCAGUUUCCCUGCUGAAUGAUGAGGGACAGCUAAAACUUGGGAAGCUGAAAGCCAAGAUUAUUGGCAAAGGGUUCCCUGUCAGAUUUUACAGAGACCUCCCCGAGCUGGGUGAGCUGGUCUUCAAGGACUGGUUGGUUGUGAUAGAAAAACUUUAUCCAGUCACUUCAACAAUGGAAAACAUAGACCACAAGCACAACUUUGAACGUCUCUUUCAUAAAGAAUUUACUGAGAAGUGCAAGGAAGUAUUUGUUGCUUCCAAGGAGUCAAGCAAGACUUUUGAAAUCUUGGGAAAAUUUGCUUUAGAGGUUGUGAAAUCUGAUCUCAGCAAAGAAGCAGCAGGUUCCAGUUUUGAAUCUAUUCUCAGAGAAAAUUCAUCUCCCACCUACAAAUCUAUUUUGCUCUUGUCCGGAGACCGUGGUUGUGGGAAGUCCACUCUGAUUGCCAGCUGGGUGAAUCAUUUCCAGAGGAGUCAUCCUGAUGCGCUGGUGAUCCCCCAUUUUGUGGGCAGCACCUGUGAAAGCAGUGACCUCAUGUCCGUGAUGCAUUACUUCAUCAUGGAAUUGCACUGUAGACACUAUGGUACGCUGCUUGAAGCUGAUAUUUUUAAUGAAGAGGCAAAUGUAUUGGUAUUUUCACUUCUUGUGGAAGUAUUCAUUGCUGCCAUCAGUUUGAGGCCCUGCAUAAUUGUACUUGAUGGAAUUGAAGACUUGGUUGGCAUUUAUGGGAUUUCAGGACAGAAGUCAAGGGACUUUUCCUGGCUGCCACCGUCGCUGCCUCCUCACUGCAAGUUGAUCCUGACCACUGUGCCCUCCAGCCUGUCCUACAAGUCUCUGUGCACCCGUCCGGAUGUGAUGGUGGUGAGGCUCACUAACACAGGAGACGAAGAAGCCAAACUCAGCAUCUUCAGACAGCACUUCUCCAUCCCUGGCUAUGAAGAGCCCUUCCAACUGACCCUGACUGUUCAGGAUCAGAGGAAAAACACAAGCCUGAAUCCUUUAAAACUCGCAGUCCUAGCAACUGAGUUGAGAGAGUCUCGACUCUACCGGGAUGAGGCGAAGUGUCUACAGGAGUACUUGGGGGUGGCCUCUGUUCAGGAGCUCUGGGAACUGGUUCUACAACGCUGGAGCAAAGACUAUGGUUUUCAACAAGACCCAGCAGAUUCAAACACUGUGGCUUCAGGACAAGGGCUGAGUGACUGGGUGGCCGAUGUGCUGUGCUUGCUGAGCGUCUCGCAUUGUGGGCUGACAGAGGAGGAGAUACUUCAGCUUCUGGAGACUCUGGGCUACAGGAAUCAGUACAGAGUAACACCAAUGCACUGGGCUGCCUUCCGCAGCGCAUCCAAGCAGUGGGUCCAGGAGAAGCCCAGCGGCCUGCUCUACUUCCAGCAUCAGACACUGCGUAACACCGUGGAGCACAAGCUGCUUGGUGUCAUCACUCCCGUCAGAGAAAGCUAUCCUCGCACCUUCCAGAGGCCAACAAGUCACAAGAAGACAUACUUCCAUAGGAUGCUGGUGAGAUACUUCCAGCGGCAGGCCUCCUUCUGGAGGGUGUAUGAAGAGCUGCCGUGGCACAUGAAGAUGAGCAGCUGCUGGCAGGGUCUGUGCAGCUUCCUCUCCAGCCCAAGCAUCACCGACUUCUUAUCCAAGAUCCAAAGCCCCAGCUUCUGGGCUGGGCUGCACCUCAUCCACUACUGGAACACAUUGUCAGAUGCCGGCUAUGACCUCACUGAGGCCUACCAGCUCACGGUGACCAAGGUUAGAGUUACUCGGCGCCGCAAAUCCAAGAAGCGAAACUCAAACUCAGUGCUGGAAAGCAAGCCUUCUGAGGUGACCCUCGCUGACAAGUGCCAAAUAGUGUUCUUUAUCGGAAGAUUUCUGAAGUUCAUGGGCAAGACCAGAGAAGCAGAAAGUUUAUUCUUGAGCACUGAGGACACGUUAGAGAAGAGUGGCUCCAUAACAGAAAUGCUUGUGAGAGUGCAGAAUACAAUCGGAGAACUCUAUCUGCAAAUAGGGAUGGCCCAGGAAGGCUUCCAGUAUUUCCAGAAAGCAUGGUGGAAUCUCAUACAGUUUCCACCCAGCAACUUCAGAGACAACCAGGACUUGGUGAAGCAGAAAGGCAGAGUGCUGAACAACCUGGUGAGGACAGCCUCUGAGGAGUACUUGCAAGACAGUCACCUCCUGGAACGUGCCAGUGACAUUUCCAGCUUGUUGGACAACAAUCCCUGGGACCAGGCAACCAUGAAAUACACCGAAGGUGUUCUGAUAUUAGCUACUGGACACAGUUACCAGGCAAAAAGAAAGCUUCAUGAAUGCCUAACUAUCAGGAGGAGUUUGCUGGGUGAGAAAAACCUCCUCGUUGGAGAAAUAAUGGAACUUUUAGCAGAUGUACUGUUUUUCCCACUAAGAGAUAGUGAAAAGGCUGACCUCAGCAACACUCACAGGCCAAUGUCAGAGCUGUUAAAGAAAAAAUUCUUCAUGAUAUCUGUCAAAGAAAGGUUCCCAGGGAAGGAAGCAGUUGAAUAUUAUAAACAGGUGAUAAAAAUAAAGGAAAAUGCAGAUGUUCUGGUCAACUCCCCACUUGUCAAGAAGCAGCUAAGCAUCAGCCUCAGUGAUACCCUGUGUAAAUUAGCAGGUCAGUUGUUGAUCAUUGACUCCUGUCAUCACCAUGUCAUCAUAGAGGCAGCAGGCUAUUUAUACAGAUCACUGGAUUUAAGGGCGACCUACCUGGGAUCUGCUCACACAUCAAUCUCUGGAAUCCUGCAUCUCCUGAGGGAAAUUGAACGGAUCCUGGGCAGAAGAUGUUGGCCUCAAGGCAUAAGCCAGCAGUAUUCUGAGAGCCUGAGGAAUGGUGCCUCCCUCUGGGAACCCUUGCUGAAAUUAAACUACCACAGUGCUCAGAGUUUCAACACGUUCAGCUUUUCUUUGUGCACCAGUGCAGAUAAGCUCUUCAGGGCCAAAAUCAUAGACUUGACGUCUCAGGCAAUUUCCAAAUGUGCUUCUGGAAAAAGGAAAAAAGUCUUGAAACCUGUGAUUUCCUUUUCGGAUGAAGAGAAGACCUGGCAGAAGACCCAAAAGAAUACUGAGCUAUGGAAAGGACCAGAAAAGCAAGUAGCAGCAAAUAAUGAAAACUGGUCCUCUAAGAUUUUCUCUUGGGGUAAAAUGAAUAGCGUCAUAAAGCUUUCACGACAAAGGGUGCUGUCAGCUAAAAUUGAUGGCACAAAAGGUCAGGUGCCCACAAUUUGUCAGCAUCCCCUGCCUAGGUCCAUGAACACAAGUAAUCCCUGGGAAUCCUUAUCUGAUCUUAUAUCAGAAAAGUGGCUUUUUCAUCGCCCAGACAGUAGUUCUGCUCCUUAGAAGUGUUUUUUCCCCCUGAGAUCUCAUUUUGAAUCAAAACUGAAGAGCUCACAUGAUUUUAAUAAAGAGUGAAGAUGAGUAUGAGCUCUUUUGUGUCUGUCAUUUUUUUCUUAGUUCUCUUUAAUGAGGUAUUUUCUUUUCUUUUAAGACUUCAUUUAUUUAUUUAUUUAUUUAUUUAUUAGAAAGAUAGGAGGAGAGAGAGAAAGAACCAGAUAUCACUCUGGUACAUGUGCUGCCGGGGAUUGAACUCAGGACCUCAUGGUUAAGAAUCCAAUGUUUUAUCCAUUGCACCACCUCCCUGACCAUGAUGAGGUAUUUUCUUUCUUUCUUUUUAAAAAUAUUUAUUUAUUCCUUUUUGUUGCCCUUGUUUUACUGUUGUAGUUGUUAUUGAUGUCUUCGUCGUUGAAUAGGACAGAGAGAAAUGGAGAGAGGAGGGGAAGCCAGAGAGGGGGAGA